GAAGGGAGAGGCGGGCGGGAGCGGCACGGCGGCCCCGGCCCGGUGCGGGAGCAGGGCCCGCCUCCGGCAGGCACCACAUGAUGCCGCUUCUCCUUCCUGCCGCCCCUGUCCCGGGGAGAAAGGGGAACUGGGCGCCGGGCGGGAGGAAGUGAUUCCGCUCCCCGCCCUGCCGCCGGCCGCGGGAAACGCACGGCCCCUCCGCCCCUCCUUCCCGCCGCCGCCGGGCCGGGCAGCGCGGGGCCGGGCGCCUCCCCGGGCAGAGCUGCGCGGCUGUGCGCGCCCCGCGGAGGCAGCGCGGGGCCGGGCCAUGGCGCGGCUGUGGCUGCUGGUGCUGCUGGGCGGCGCGCUGGCCCCGGGCAGCGCCUUCAACUUGGACGUGGAGCACCCGGCCGUCUACUCGGGCCCCGAGGGCAGCUACUUCGGCUUCGCCGUGGACUUCUUCGCUCCCGACCCAUCCUCGAUCUCCCUUCUGGUGGGAGCUCCAAAAGCAAACACUACCCAACACAACAUUGUAGAAGGAGGCCAGGUGCUCAAAUGUAACUGGAGUUCCAACAGAAAUUGCCAGCCGAUUACAUUUGACUCCACAGGCAACAGAGAUUUUGCUCCUGAUGAUCCACUGGAAUUUAAGUCUCAUCAGUGGUUUGGAGCCUCUGUGAGAUCCAAAAACGAUAAAAUUCUGGCCUGUGCCCCACUGUACCACUGGAGGACUGAAACAAAACAAGAGAGAGAGCCUGUAGGAACUUGCUACCUGCUUGUGGGAUCUAAAUCUGUGGAGUAUGCGCCCUGCAGGUCAACCACUAUUGAUGCAGAUGGACAGGGAUUUUGUCAAGGUGGAUUUAGUAUUGACUUUACAAAGGGAGACAGAGUGCUACUUGGAGGACCUGGAAGUUUUUAUUGGCAAGGCCAACUUAUUUCUGAUCGCGUGACAGAGAUUGUGGCUAAAUAUGACUCCAGAGUCUACAGUACAAAGUAUGAUGACCAGUUAGCAACCAGACCUGCCAGUGCUGCUUUCGAUGACAGCUACUUGGGUUAUUCAGUGGCUGUUGGAGACUUCAAUGGUGAUGGCAUAGAAGACUUUGUAUCAGGAGUCCCAAGAGCAGCAAGAACUCUGGGCAUGGUGUCUAUUUACAAUGGGAAGAACAUGUCUUCCAUGUACAACUUCACUGGAGAGCAGAUGGCUGCCUAUUUUGGCUAUUCAGUGGCUGCCACAGAUAUCAAUGGGGACAAUUAUACAGAUUUGUUUAUUGGAGCCCCUCUUUUUAUGGAUCGAGGUUCUGAUGGGAAACUUCAAGAGGUUGGCCAAGUUUCCAUUUGCCUUCAACGAGCCUCUGGAGGGUUUCAGAUCACAAAGCUGAAUGGUUUUGAGAUAUUUGCAAGAUUCAGCAGUUCUAUUGCACCUCUGGGGGAUCUAGAUCAGGAUGGCUUCAAUGAUAUUGCAGUUGCCGCACCAUACGGCGGAGAGGACAAGAGAGGACUUGUCUAUAUCUACAAUGGAAGAGCAAAUGGUUUGAAUGCAGCCCCAUCUCAAAUUCUCGAAGGACAGUGGGCUGCUCGUACUAUGCCACCCAGUUUUGGGUACUCACUGAAAGGAGCCGCAGAUGUGGACAAAAAUGGAUAUCCAGACUUGAUUGUUGGAGCGUUUGGUGUUGACACAGCUGUUUUGUAUAGGGCUAGACCAGUUAUUAGAGUAAAUGCUGCCCUGGAAGUUAAUCCAACCAUUCUAAACCCAGAAAACAAAGCCUGUUCACUGUCAGAUGUAAAGGUUUCUUGCUUCAAAGUAAAGUUCUGCUUAAAAGCGGAUGGCAAAGGAAAGCUCCCUAAUUCACUCAAUUUCCAAGUGGAGCUGCUGUUGGAUAAACUUAAGCAGAAAGGAGCUAUAAGGAGAGCUCUCUUUCUCCACAGCAAACAGCCUAGUCACUCUAAGAACAUGACUAUUACAAAGGGAGGCAAAAUGAAUUGUGAAGAACUUGAUGCCUUUUUGAGGGAUGAAUCUGAAUUUAGAGACAAACUAACUCCCAUUACUAUUUUUAUGGAAUAUCGUCUGGAUUACAGAACAGCUGCAGAUGCAACAGGAUUGCACCCUAUCCUCAACCAGUUCACUCCUGCUAAUAUGAGCAGACAGGCACAUAUUCUGCUGGAUUGUGGUGAUGAUAAUAUCUGCAAACCGAAGCUGGAGGUUUCAGUAGAAAGUGAUCAGAAGCAGAUCUACAUUGGUGAUGACAAUCCCUUGACACUAAUAGUCAGUGCUCAGAAUCAAGGGGAAGGAGCCUAUGAAGCAGAACUCUUCGUCAUCGUUCCGCCCCAAGCAGAUUUCAUCGGUGUUGUUCGUAACAACGAGGCUUUAGCAAGGCUGUCAUGUGCAUUUAAAACAGAGAAUCAAACGCGCAUGGUAGUUUGUGACCUGGGAAAUCCCAUGAAAGCAGGAACUAAGCUAUUAGCUGGCCUGCGUUUCAGUGUGCACCAGCAGUCUGAAAUGGAUACUUCUGUGAAGUUUGACUUGCAAAUCCGAAGUUCCAACCUGUAUGACAAUCUAAGUCCAGUGGCAUUCUAUCAGGCUGACCUUGCCAUUUUAGCAGCUGUUGAAAUUAGAGGUGUGUCGUCGCCUGAUCACAUAUUCCUUCCUAUUGCAAAUUGGCAGCCGAAGGAGAAUCCAGAAACAGAAGAUGAUAUUGGGCCUCUAGUUCAGCAUAUCUAUGAGCUGAGAAACAAUGGUCCAAGUGCGUUCAGCAAGGUGAUGAUGACUCUGCAGUGGCCUUACAAAUACAAAAACUACACACUGUUGUAUAUUGUUCAGUAUGAAAUUGACGGUCCCAUGAACUGCACUUCUGAUAUGGAAAUCAAUCCUUUGAAAAUUAAGAUUUCUGCUUCUAAAGAUGAUGAUAAGAAUGAAACACUUAGCAGGGAAGAUAAUCGCGAUCAUCGUAUCAGUCGAAGGGAUCUAUCUGCCAUUGAAGGAGACGUGCAUACUUUGGGCUGUGGAACUGCUGAUUGUUUAAAGAUAGUCUGUCAAGUUGGCCAUCUGGAAAGGGGAAAGAGUGCAAUAUUGUAUUUAAAAUCACGCCUUUGGACCCAAACUUUCAUGAAUAAAGAAAAUCAGAAUCACUCCUAUUCUCUCAAGUCAUCUGCUUCUUUCAAUGUUAUAGAGUUCCCUUAUAAGAACCUUUCCUUUGAAGAUAUCCACAAUUCUACAGUAGUUACUACAAAUAUUACGUGGGGCAUUCAACCACAGCCUAUGCCUGUGCCAGUGUGGGUUAUAAUUUUGGCUGUCCUAGCUGGAUUAUUGCUCUUGGCUCUUCUAGUGUUUGUUAUGUACAGGAUGGGCUUUUUCAAACGUGUGAGACCACCUCAGGAAGAACAAGAAAGAGAACAACUGCAACCACAUGAGAACGGGGAAGGAACAUCAGAAGCUUAAGCAGAGUUUUAUCUGUGGGAAGAACUCAUUAGUUCCCUGUUAGCAGUGACCUCCUAUCACAAACAAUUCCCACAGUUUGGAUCAUGAUUAUAUGCUGAGCUCUAAUAACUGUCACUGACUUGAGUGGGAUCUGAACUCUUUGGUACGGAAUCUCUAGCUUCUAAUUCCCAAGUGCAAUAUAACAUGAUCAGAAGUGGUUCACUGCCAAGUUGUCUGUUUAUUUUUGUUUGCCUAAGAAGGGAUGUAGCAUUUGUUGACUUGCAGUGGUUGGUAUUUUUAAGGACAUUAACAAAACCAGUGUGUUAAAUUGAGGUGAUAAAUGAAUGGUAUGGAAAGUUUUUGAUAACCCACAUUGGGUGAAACGAUGUAUAUUCUAAAGUGUAUCCGUUACUAACUCUUGAUUUAUUGAAAAUUGGUACAAUAUUCUUUAAAUCCACUGUGGAAAAUUUGACUAGAGACUUUACAAUAAUGGGUUUGAGUCUGUAGUGCUACUACUGUUUCAUGUGAUUGUGGUAUUUAGUAUUUCAGUCUAUUUUUUUCCAGUGUGUAGAAUUUUUAUAUAAAACAGGAACCCUAACCUUUCAUGCAAUGACCUUCUCCAAAUAUGCUGCAUUAAGGUUGAAUAACUUGACCCUUGGCUUUUGCAAAUUAAAUGAAGAUUUAAUGUAGCAUUUGAAUCUUCAAAAAACUUUUACAGGUUUAGGUGGCCCUUUCUAGCCCAUGAAGGAAACCUCUAUUUGCUAUGAUACAAAUAUGUUGAAAAUGUAACAUUUUAUUUCUUUGUAAUAGAUUUUUUUGGCCUUUUUUUUGUUCUUGCUCGUGCAUGAAAUCAGUAGAGCGUUGUUUGCACAAGCAGAAAAUUAAUGUACUAACAUGAGUGCUGCAUUGUGGGUUUUUUAGUCAUGUAGUAAAUACUUGUAACAAAUGGGAACAUUUUUAGUUAACUAUGAACUUGUUUCAAAGGUCUUCGGUACAUUUAAGGAGAGCAAUAUACAUUUGAAGUCACCUUAUUUUUAUUAAAUUAUAAAUCUUGCAAAAAAGUAGGUAUUGUGGCACAAUAAUUUUGUACUGAUAUCACAUACAUAGCUAUUAAGCUAUGGUUUUCUUUUCAACUCAUUUUUUUAUCUUAAUUCAAAUUUGAUUUUACUAGAUUGUAUUUUUCUAUGUAUACAAUUUCAAAAUAUCAUGAUUGGAUAAACUGAAAAAUAUAAGUAUUGAGUUGAUUCUGAUAUUUAGAAUUUUGGAAUAAAAUACCUCUUAAUUAA